AUGAGAAAUUCAUCUGUUUCGCCAGUUUCUCCUUUGUAUUUUAAUAUUGCUGAAUAUUGUUUAUUCGGUAUUAUUUUAGGUGUGAUAAUUGGUAUUAUAUUGUAUUUUAAUGUCGUGAACAGGAAAUAUAAUUCCGUGGACGGCUUUUUGUUUGGAGGUAAAAAUAUGUCUGUCAUUUCAAUUUCACUGGCACUCAUAGCGAGUCACUUGACAAGUAUAACAUUAUUAGGUGUACCAGUUGAGAUAUACCUUCGCGGUACACAGUACUGGGCAUCAGCGCUUUCUCUGAUAAUAGUGACUUUUCUAACGGCUGUAAUAUAUUUACCAGUUUUUCACAAAUUACAACUGUCUUCGAGUUUCGAAUAUUUGGAAAUAAGAUUCUCGACGCAUACACGUGUUAUUGCCGCAGUUCUGUUUGUCAUAAGCAAAUUAAUGUUACUUCCAAUAGUGCCAUAUGUCCCGCUUAUGGCGUUUAGAUUAGUAACCAAUCAAUUUGCUGGCCACAUAACAGCAAUUGUUUGCGUCGCAUGUGCUACUUUCAUAGCUGUCGGAGGCUUAAGAGCCAUAGUUAGUGUCGGUAUCGUCACCUCUUUCUUGGCAUUGGCUGGUACAGCUCUACCGAGUGGUUUGGCUUUACUACCCAUGGGAUUUCAGAAAAUGUGGGAAAUUGCUAAUCACGGCGGACGUUUAGUUUUGUACGAUCCGGAUCCAGAAUUGGCUCAUCAUACAUCGUUUUUUGCUGUAACAUUAGCCCUGAGCACAAACUGGCUUUGGAAAAUAGCACUCAGUCAGUCAUCCCUCCAGAAACUCCAAGCUGUACCGACGAUCAACAAAGCGAGGAUAUGUCUCACUGUAUCAUGUUUUGGAGUUAUACUCAUGAAAUUGUUGUCAUGCUUCCUCGGACUUGCAUUAUAUGCUUGGUUCGCUGGUUGUGAUCCGUUACUCACAGGACAAGUCAAGAAACAUGAACAACUAGUGCCACAGUUUUUACAUCAUUUAUCAUCAAUGUUUCCCGGAAUUUGUGGAAUUUUCAUCAUUUCAAUAUUCAGCGCUACUACAGGGUGCAUUGCUACGUUGAUUAAUUCAAUAGCAGGCGUUAUAUUUGAAGAGUUUAUAAGACCGUGGAUGCCUCAAAGUACUAAUGAACAGACAUGUUGUAAAAUUAUGAAGGUGCUGUGCAUCCUCGUAGGUCUAUACAGCGCUGGAGUUGUCUGGUGUGCUAAGGAGUUGGACCGUCUUCAGCAUGUGGCUUCGGGUGUGACAGGUGUCACAGCCGGGACUCUCCUGGGGCUGUUUACAUUAGGUAUUGUCUUUCCGCGAGCGAAUUGUUCUGGUGCUUUAGGUGGAUGUCUACUCAGCUUGAUGCUCUGUGGCUGGCUGCUUAUCGGCGCCGAAAAUGCUUUGGCGACUGGAGCGCUGACCUUCCAAGGCAAGCCAUUAACAGUAUCAGGAUGUGGAAAGACCAACUUUACACACGUCUUAGCCAACAUCACCCAAGUUCCGAAUGCAGCUUCAAAGCUACCGACGAAACCUCUGCAGUCUCUCUUCCGAAUCUCCUUUACGUAUUGCCCUUUUGCUGGGGCUAUAUCUGUCCUUCUGAUUGGUGUACCAAUGAGCUACUUGAUUGGCAAAUCUAGGACCGAAUCCAUGAACCCAGACGUCUUCUGUCCUCUCACGCAGAGCAUCUUGAACAAAUCGCAAAUGAGAAGUCCAACCGCCUCAUUUGAAAUACGACCACCGGACACGCAAGAGGUCUAUUUAGCGUUGGACGAAGCUCUGAAACAUUUAAAAGAGGUUAUCGAUCGAUAA